UUCCGUCAAAACCAUUCAAACACAUAACAAGCAAUGUGAACUAUCCAUGUUAUUUAUAUGAUCCAUAUAAAAUCAUACGAGUAUACACAUGCGCUCCCUACCGGUGAUUAUUUCAACUCCUAAUUUUUACUCAAAAAAAACACAAAACUGCAUUGAAAUCACCUAGAUUCACUCACAUAACCUAAUAUUAAAGCUUUAUAUAGUAAUAAACAAGUUAAUAUGACAAUAUUUAAUGUGUUUAUCAUCAUUUGACGCCUAAUUGAAUUAUUUUUAUCGCGCCAAGGCCGAAUUAUUCUAUAUUUAUGUGUAAUUGAUGAAUGUGCGAUUAGCAGCACGCCAUGCGACUGAUUACCGGUCAGUGUGUGAUGUAUUCCGAGCAUUCUCACAUGUUUCACAACCGGUACACCAACCAUGUUUGUAUAAUACCGGCAAAUGUUACCAAUGGCAACGCGCGCGUGACAAAAGAGCUAAAAAAACAAUCGAUGUCUGCAUACGCCGCUCAGUUACCCAUCGCGUUUCUCCAAACUAAAAACCCGCGAUGUUGAAGGCGGUGCACGUGAGUUACCUGCUCAUCUACGCCGUGUGCUUCCGCAUCCUCGUUGAAUGCAAGUACAUCGAAGGCGAGCUCAAUACCUGGGAGAAUUGGGCAUUCAUGGCGCGAUUCUGUUUCCUGUCGGAGGCCGGCCAGUUUGAGUACUAUAUUGAGUACGAAGAGGAUCAAGGCACGCCGAAUUUACUGCUGUAUUACGAUGAGGAUGAUCAGUGGCCUGCUGUGUAUAAAUCAAACAAAAAUUGUCAUGCAAGGGAAAGUGUUUUGAGACCAGAACAGAACCAAAUCGUUAAUCUAAGCACGCGGUUUCCUUUCUCAGAGGCGGCUGGGUGUCGCGUGCCGCCAGCAGUGACCACUCCACGCACGAAAUAUACUUACAUCGUGCCUACAUUGAGUACAAAACCUACAACUAGGAAAACAACGCAUGGAAAAACAAUAAUCACACAAAAAGUCACUAUAAGUUUUUCUACAACCGAAAGUGAUGAUUAUUCAACUACAGAUGGCUCUACUAUCAGCACUACGAGUAAUAAUUAUGAAGAAAAUGAAAUAAUUGAAUCAACAACACAAUUUUCUGACAUAACCUCAACAUAUUCAAUUAGUUCAAGUGACACAACAUAUUCUUCUCCUUCAACGUUGAAUUUACUCAAUGAUGAAGUUACUUUACCUACGAAUUAUUAUCAGACGGAUGUGGUGAACAUCGAUGAAGAAAACCCGCCGAUACGUAAACGCAAACGUUCCGCCGAUGGUACUACCCCGGUACACCGUCUACAUCAGGAUGGCGCUGCUCGCAUUAUUCGUCAAGGCAGGACUGUCACUUGUCGUAAUGCGCGCCGGUUCCGCACUGCACGUGAGCGCUGGUGGUUCAUCGCCGUGAGUAACUGCCGUGGUAAUCGUGGUAUACACAUACGAUACAGAAUGUUGAUGACGAAUGGAGAUCCUGGUGAUUAUUGGCAUGAGCAUUUCUCUGCGGAUGAAUUUUAUGUCUUACCUGUCUUGAUGGCGUUCUCAGUGGCAUACUCAUUCCUCCUGCUAGCGAUAAUAAUCUGUUCAAUAGAGUUGAAAUCACGUCAACUGCUGCAUUCAACGUAUAAAUUAUUCGUGUUCAGUACACUGAUACAGUUCUUCGGGAUUGUGUUCAAGAGUAUGUGUUAUUUGAAAUACGCUGUGAAUGGUUUAGGCUCACCUGGACUGCGUGUGAUGGGGAAUAUGUUCAUGGGCAUGUCGGAAACAUGUUUUCUCUUGCUUUUGUUACUCCUGGCGAAAGGAUAUACUGUCACUAGGGGGCGGUUACCGUUGAGCGCAGGCGUGAAAGUCACUAUAUUCAUGUGUUUGUACGUUGUCACUUACAUUUCACUAUUCAUCUAUGAAGCUAAGGUAUUUGAUCCCGGUGAGGUUUUAUACACUUACGAAUCCCCUGCUGGUUAUGGUUUGAUUAUUCUCCGCAUCGCGGCGUGGUGUAUGUUCAUAUAUUCAACUGUAUUCACAUUGAAGCAUUAUCCUGAAAAAGCCAACUUUUAUUAUCCGUUCAACGUCUUCGGGACUUUAUGGUACAUCGCAGGCCCUGCGUUUAUCAUCAGCGCGAAUACUUACAUAGAUAAAUGGGUGCGUGAGAGUGUUGUAUGCGCUGUGUUACUUUUCAUCACCUUUGGAGGACAUUUGAUGUUUCUACUGCUGACAAUGCCAUCUGUAGCUAACAAAAACUUCCCCUACCACGUCCGCACGACACAAAUCGGCGUAAUGGAGCAAUGCGGCGACAUCGGCCCAAAUUCCAUCGAGCAAUUCACGCGCCACGCUUAUGAACCGACAUCCAACGGCUUGGAUCAGACUGUAAUCGUCCCGCUGAGUCGACGCACUGAAGAUUUAUUCAGUGGUUUAUACAGCCAACAACAGUAUACAUCCACGUCGGCUUCACGCAGGAAUGACAGCUUGCAUCACGACGCCAUCUUGCACAACGAGCACGACCCGCGCAUGAGCGAAACAUCCAUGGAGAAUGUUCUCAGCUGGUCGCUAGCGAAGAAUUUCAACACGAUUGAUCCACCGAGGAUGGAUAGACGUUUAUCAGCUGCACUGCAAGAAGCCCGACGCAGCAGUGGCGACAUCCCGCUGUCACGACAAGAAACAGCCGAGGCUAAUGGCAGCCAUGUGCUACAAGAUUGGAUCCGUGAAGUCCCCGUCGAGUUAUUCACAGUUUCCAAAGCAGUUGCAACCAAAACAAGUGUGAAUUCACCACAAGAAACACACUCACCCUCAGCCCCGGAAUCUAACUCACUAAAUAUCGAAACAGGAAAGAUUUUACGUCCAGACUCGCCCGAUUAACUUAGGCAACUUCUCAUACACCAAAGUAACCAAUAUAAAAUUUAUUUUAUAGAAAAAUAUAAUAUAACAACACUCACCUUAUAAA